AUGGCCAAAUCCACUACCAAAAAGAAUAAGUGCUCCAGAAACCGAAGAAGCUCCAGAAAGAAAUCACAUCCCUGUGCUGAUUUUAACCGAAAUUAUUCACUCUACAUCCGCAGGGUCCUGAAAGAAGUGGAUCCCCAGAAAAGCAUAUCAUCUGACACCUUGGACAUCAUGAACUCCGUGAUCAACGACAUCUUUGAGCGCAUUUCUACACAAGCCUACAAUCUGAUGUGUUUCAGAAACCGCUGCACCCUCACCCAUGAAGAUAUCCAGAAGGCCAUGUAUAUGCUGUUUCCUGGGAAGCGUGCUAAGUACGCAGUGACUUUUGGAAGUGAAGCUGUCCAAAGAUAUGCCCACUCCAAAAACAACUCUCCAGCUUAA